GGGGCAUUUAAUGUUAUUUUCAAAUUGUGUAGGGGUCAUUUAGUAGGUAAGAAGAACUGCCCCUGUUGUUCUUGAAGUGUCCCCUCUUCCAAGAAAUUCGAUCCUAUUCAGAAAACGGAAAAUAUAUAAAAAACCAAAAAAGGAAAAUUAGCUCAGCACAGUACGACACCUUUCAACUCUCCCCUAUCUCGCUCUCUAGGGUUUCAUUCGCUGCAUCAACCUUCUCUGAUCCUUGAUUGCAAUUCACUCAAAAUGGAAAAUGGAGGGACCAGUUUGGAGGCAAAAAUAGAGGCGUUGCUCAAUGUGGAGAAACAGAUGAGACAAGCCGGCGACGUGGCAGGAACAAGAAAGGCUGUCACUGAUAUUCUACAACUUUGCCUCGAUGCCGGCUCGUGGGCGACGCUCAACGAGCAGAUUGUGCUUAUUUCCAAGCGCCGGGGACAGUUGAAGCAGGCUGUUCAAGCAAUGGUCCAACAAGCUAUGCAGUAUAUUGAUAAGACACCAGAUCUUGAUUCUAAAAUAGAGCUUAUAAAGACACUUAACAAUGUAUCUGCUGGGAAGAUAUAUGUUGAGAUUGAGAGGGCUAGGUUGAUCAAGAAGCUUGCAAAGAUCAAGGAAGAACAAGGACAGAUAGCUGAAGCUGCAGAUUUGAUGCAAGAAAUUGCGGUGGAGACAUUUGGCGCAAUGGCAAAAACUGAAAAAAUAGCUUUCAUACUUGAGCAAGUUCGUUUGUGUUUAGAUCGCCAGGAUUAUGUACGUGCACAAAUACUUGCGAGGAAGAUAAGUCCUAGAGUUUUUGAAGCUGAUACCUCAAAAGAAAAGAAGCGCAAAGAAGGCGAGAGUAUUGUUGAAGAGGCUCCUGCUGAUAUUCCAUCUUUGCUAGAGUUGAAGCGCAUAUAUUACCAAUUAAUGAUCCGGUAUUACUUGCACAACAAUGAUUACCUUGAAAUAUGCCGAUGUUACAAAUCAAUAUAUGAGAUUCCAUCUGUGAAAGAGGACCAAGCCCAGUGGAUACCGGUGCUGAGAAAAAUAUGCUGGUAUCUGGUGUUGUCACCUCAUGAUCCUAUGCAGUCUAGCCUCCUCAACUCAACCCUGGAGGAUAAGAACCUUUCUGAAAUUCCUCAUUUCAGGUUACUAUUGAAACAAUUAGUUACCAUGGAGGUCAUUAUGUGGACAGCUCUGUGGAAUAUGUUCAAAGAUGAAUUUGAGAAUGAGAUGAAUAUUCUUGGCGGUUCACUGGGUGAAAAGGCUGCUGAAGAUCUUAGACUUAGAGUGAUAGAACAUAAUAUUCAUGUUGUUUCAAAAUAUUACUCCCGGGUAACCUUGAAGAGACUUGCAGAUUUAUUAUGCCUCACUCUCCAGGAAGCGGAAAAACACCUCUCUGACAUGGUUGUCUCCAAAGCGCUAGUGGCAAAGAUCGACAGACCUAUGGGCGUGGUUUGUUUCCAGACAGCCAAGGACAGCAAUGAGAUCCUGAAUUCAUGGGCUAUGAACUUGGAGAAGCUACUCGAGCUCGUAGAGAAGAGUUGCCAUCAAAUCCACAAGGAGAGGAUGGUUCACAAAGCUGCACUUAGAGCUUGAAACGUUGAGGCUGAAGUGGAUAGGAUCGUUCUUAUUUGCUGCUGCGUUUUGACCUUCCAGAAGCAGUUUCUAGUAGAACUUCUUUCAUGGCAGGGAAGUCGUUUCCUUUAUAACGGCUGUGAUCAUUCCCGUGGAUGGACCUUGCAUCGCGUUACUUUCUCCAUCAUUUGGUUUUGAUAUGCCCAGUCCCACUCGGCACCAUUGAUACUUGGGAGCACUCAUUCGUUUAGUCAACUAAGAUUUACAUUUAAUACUCAUUAUACAUGUACUUGUUAUGUGCUCGAAUAGUUCACAUUUGUAAGCCAACUGUGUACGUGGCCUAAGAUUUUUAUUCAACUCUGGCUCAUGUUAUAUUCUUAUGCCUUUCUAGGCCCUGCCCCUAAAUUUGAUUCAA